CGCAUGGCCAGUCAUGCUCCUUGGUGCCGCUGCAGCAGGCCAUGCUGCCACUCUCGCCAACAGCGCCUACACCGCCGCCGAGCUCGCAUAUCAAUACGAAGACUCGCAUGCACACCUCGUGCUCGCCCACCCACCCCUUGUGCCCACCGUGCGCGAAAUGAUGCGUUCCCUCAGCAUUCCCGAAGACGAAAUCGCGCGCCGGAUCAUCGUCGCCGACAGCACGUGGCUCACCGGCGCGCCCGCCGAGCUCGACGCGGGUGAUGCCGCGGCGCUGAAGGGCCUCACGCGGCUCAGCGAGCUCGUGGGUCGGGGCGAGCUCGCGCAGGAGAUCCAGAUGCCGGGCCUGCUGUCUGACAGCACCGUGUACUUGUGCUACUCGUCCGGCACGACGGGCAAGCCCAAGGGCGUCGAGUCGACGCACCACAACAUCAUCUCCGAGCUCGAGAUCCUCAAGCCGACGCUGCCCCCGGCCAAGGUCGGCCCCGCGCUCAACAAGCAGGGCAAGGCCGUGGCACCGUACCGCGACGCGUACUUUGGCGUGCUCCCGUCGUACCACAUCUACGGCGCUAUUUGGCUGCUCCAUUUCCCGCUCACUAUGGGUGCGCCAAGUAUCAUCUUGCACGGCAGGUUCGAGCCGGAGAAAUUCUGUGCGGCUGUGCAACUGUACAAGGCCACUAUCGGCAUUAUCGUCCCUCCCAUCCUCGUCGUGUUUGCCAAGCAUCCCGCUGUGGACAAAUACGACAUGUCCUCCCUCGAGACCCUCAUUUCUGGUGCUGCACCCCUCGGUGGAGAGCUCGUAUCAUCUGUGAAGGAACGCCUUGGCAAACGCGGUGCUGAUGUCUGCAUCACUCAACAGUAUGGCCUGACGGAAACUUCUCCUUCAGUAUUUCUUCUCCCACAGGAGCAUGCAGUUGAACGCGUCGGUAGCGUCGGCUAUCUUCUCCCCAACCUCGAAGCGCGUCUCGUCAGCGAGGAAGACGGCGAGAAACUCACCAGCAUCGAAGGCGCCGGAGAAAUCUGGGUGCGCGGCCCUAUCGUCAUGAAGGGUUAUCUUAACAACCCGACCGCGACCGCCAAGUCCGUGACGCCCGACGGGUGGUUCAAGACGGGCGACAUCGCCGUGCGCUCGAAGGAGGGCUUCUACAACAUCGUCGACCGCCGCAAAGAGCUCAUCAAGUACAAGGGCUUCCAGGUCGCACCCGCGGACCUCGAGAAUGUGCUGCUGCAGCACCCUCAGAUCGCGGACGCGGCUGUCAUUGGGGUGGAGAGCAAAGAGCAGGCAACGGAGCUACCAAGAGCAUAUGUGGUCAAGACCUCACCCGAACUUACGUCAGCGGCGGUGCAGGAGUUCGUCGCUUCGCGCGUUGCAAACCACAAGAAGCUCCGUGGAGGUGUCAUCUUCAUUGACGCUAUUCCCAAGAGUGCCGCGGGCAAGAUUCUCCGUCAGCAGCUCAGGAAGCGCGCGGAGAGCGAGCCCGUCGAGCUCCCCGUGCGUGCUAAGCUCUAAAACUAGUACUGUGCUGUCUAUGAGGGUUCGGAAUGCUUGAACUAAAACGUACCAGAUGCUACUGGAUCCGUUCGUACGCCUUGCAUCUACAUAUACUUAUUUAUUGACAUCAUCAUCC